AUGAGCUUCGUCAUCUCACACCCUCCCCUCGAUCCAACUCCAACGGCCGACGCCGGGGCACAGCCAUCGCAGGUGUUGACCAUCCUCGAAACGGUCAGCCACAAACCGAAAGAGGAGGGCAGCGGCCCGGUUGUUGUCCGUUGUUAUCUCGGUUCGGAUAAAUCAACCCUGCGCAUCGCCAAGAUCUACGAUGGCUUCGAGUACGAGCUGGCUGAGUUUGGCAAGAAGGGUGUCGAUUGCAUGUAUCUUGCCGACAUGGGUUACAGCAGAGAGGCAGCCGCAUACGAAGCCAUACCCGCGAGGUUUCAAGGUGGUUUACAACGCGGUUCGCCCAUCUUGGGGUGUAUGGCGAGUGGAUUCCAAAAAGCUGGGUUGAGAGCGGCAGUUGUAGCCAUCUCCUUGUUGCGAAAUGGUUGA